AUGCUGUCGGUGCUUGCAGCAACGGCGCCCACUGUCACCCAGCGACCCACCCACUUGAGCAAGAGGCGUGAGCUGUUGAACGGCCUCUCGGAGCCCCGGCUCAUGGCUGCUGCUCCGCUGGCGCUACUGCGCCACCAGGUGCAGAGGGGCUUGGGCGUGGCUGGGGCGAUGGUGGCGCCGGUGGGGCCAGCAGUCUUCCUUUUAGUUUGCUUGCGGAGAGGAGCUUGCAAGGAGCUGGACUCCUUCCACAUUUUCAUCUCACUCCGCAGCUAUGCGGAGCCUUCAGGCUUGACAUCUGCAAAGAUUGUUGUGUACAGCAUGGCGGACUUACGGCUGGCGAAAUUUGAGAGCUGCCUGCCCUUAGGGCAGGAAGGAGUUUUGGACAUGGCUGUGAUCAUGUCGCGGCACGUGGCACAGAGGCACCGGUUCUGCUUCAUCGAUGUGGAGGAGUGCAUCUCCUUCCCAGAGAUGCCCAAAGAGAAGAGCCAACGUGCCAGUAGUGCACGGCCGCUUUCGCGCCCCGAGAGGCUUUCAAUUUCCGCACUAGCCCAGCGCGCCCAGCAGCUUCACACGAUGCUACGCUUGAAGCGGGGGGAGGCACCAGUGUGCGAACGGUUCAGUACCUCGGACUCGAGUGCCACAGAGGCCAGCGCGACAGCCGAAGAGGUGGCCACGGAGCAGGGGACGCAGGAGACGAUCUUCGCGGAGGGCCAGUGGCCGAGCCCUGGCAGUAUGGGCCACCCGGAGAUCUGCCGGCGGUCCUGCAUGCACUUCAUCGCUGGUGCCUGUAGCAGCGGCGCUCAGUGCCAAUACUGCCACCUGCCCCACCACCACCGACCCGCCCACUUGGACAAGAGGCAGCGCGAGCUGCUGAGGAGCCUCUCAGAGCCGCAGUUGAUGGCGCUGCUGCUGUGGCACCUCGAGGCCAAGGCGCGCACGCACGGCUUCCUCCCCGAGGCGGCGGAGCUUCUCGCACUGCUGCGGCACAAGGGGCGCUUGGCACCAGGGCAGCGGCCGGAGCCCAGUCCUGUGCCCAGGAAGGCCUGGCCGAAGUUUGAAUGCAUGAUACAGAAGAUGGCCUUCCAAGACUUGGUGGGCUUGGCCAUGAAGAGCCGCACAAGCUCGCAAGACUUUGUCGACGACCUGGCGGCGGCCAUGGGCCGGAUGCGCGGCACUCUGCUCGCGAGCGAGUGA